AUGCGGAUCCCAGUGGAUCACAACUUUUGGAGUCAACUGAGAGCGGACACGGUAGUGGCAGCCACACCAUCGGUGAGGGCUGGAGGAGUGGCGAUAGUCAUACGAAACAGCGAGGUGUCCUGUAUCGACGAAGUCUGCGACGCGUCUGGGCGGUUGGCGCGUGCAACUCUGUCGUGGAGAGGCGUGGUGCUAACGGUGGUCGCAGCGUACUUCCCGUCGAGCCCAACGGCGAGAGCUACUUUCUUCCGGGACGUGCUCCAGCCGCUCAUUGCGGCGAUACCUGCGGGAAACCAGCUCAUGCUGGCUGGGGACCUGAACGUUGUGGAGGAUCCUGCGCUGGACAAGACAUCGGGAGCGGGCUCAAGGGGGGUUCACGAGGUGCGGCACGUGGAGCUGGUCAAAAGGUUCACGGACCACUGGUUCGCGGUUCACCUGAAGCUCAGCGUGGGGGGAGACGGGGAGUCAGGCCCGGGCCUCUGGAGACUGCCGGCAUUGCAAGCGCCGCGUCCUGGGGUGCGGAAGCGGGUGGAGCAGAUUGUGCGUAAGAACAAAGAGAGAGGAGGGGACUUGGAGUCCCUAACGGCGUCUUUAAGGGUGGGCCUCAAGGCCUACACCGUUGAGGAGCGGAAGCGGGUGGCGGCCACGACGACGCAUCUGGUACGGGAAGUCGGGGACCUGAGACAGAGGGUGAUGAACAAACCUUGGUGCUCGCGGGCAAAGGCGCAGCUUGCAAAGGGAGAAGCCAAGCUCAAGGCAUAUGAGGACGGGAGACGCCAGAAACUGCACGAGCAGGCGGGGGUCAAGGUUGAAAUGUCUGUCAGACGCCUCCCCCCCAAAGAUGCAGAGGAGCUGUGCGCGCCAUGGGAGGAAGCGGAGGUCAAGUGUGCGCUGGAGGAGAUGGCGCGGGGCAAGACGCCAGGGCGCGACGGCCUCCCGAAGGAGCUCUGGGAGCUGCAGUGGGACCUGCUGGGCGGGCAGGUGAUGCAAUUUCUGAAGGAGUUUGAGCGGACGGGUGUGUUUCUCAAGGAGUUCUCGACGCCAGUGACGGUUCUUCUGCAUAAGAAAGGGGCUAAGGAUGAUUUGCAGAAUUACCGCCCGAUCACACUACUCAGUACGGCGUACAAGGUCAUCGCGAAAGUACCGGCAAACAGGAUAAAACGCAAACUGGAGAAAGUGGUGUCAGAAGGGCAGUUCGGGUUCCUACCUGGCACGAGUCCGGUGGCGAUCGCGACUGACGUGAUAGAUGCGGCAAACUCUGGCCAGGAGGACUGGCUCAUGCUUUUCGUCGAUUUCAGGAAGGCUUUUGAUUCGGUGGGACGGAACUACCUGUUUGACGUGCUGCGGAAUAUGGGCUUCCUAGAGGCUUAUCUGGACGAGGCGGAGAGGCUGCUGAAGGAUUUCGAGCGCCAGUCCGGGCUGGCGGUGAAUUGGGACAACUCAGUGGUACUGCCGCUUGGGAAGCAGCGUGAUCUGCCGCCACCGACGGUUGGGUUGUUCAAGUGGGCGUCGCGGGAUGACCCUGAGCGCCUGCUGGGGGUUUGGAUCACGCCAGGUGGGGAUGCAAGGCCAUCGUGGAAGAAGGCACUAAGCAGAAUAGAGGCGGAGCUGAAAAAAUGGGAGGCAAAAUACCUCACCACGACGGCGCAAGUGACAGUGGUCAAUUCAUACGUCAUGCCCAUAGCGAUGUUUCAGGCACAAUUGAAGAGGGUGGAUGGCGGCUUGGGGGUGAUAAACCUCAAAGAUCGCCUAGACGCGGAGGCGCUCCAUGCACUGGCGCUCCUGCUCACGGAAGAAGUGCCGCAGAGGCGAGUGCUGGCGGAAAAUGCGGCGAAUCUCCCAUUGGGGUAUGCGUCAUUCAUCGCGCAUGAGUCCCUGUUGAAGGCGUGGGGCUCGAGGAGCGAGCGCUGGAAGGCGAUUGUUGCUGCGGUGAUGGCCUCGCCGGUCGCCAUGAAUCUGCCAACUGAUAACAGAUGGGACACGGAGAAGGAGAGAGUGCUUUUUAACACGCACAUCAAGCGGGACGGUGGCUGCCCCUUUGGAAGGCGAAAGGGCUCGGAAAGCCUGCGCGCAAUCAUGGUGGGAGACCUGCUGAUGAAGUGGGUGGACGGCACCAGGAGCUGGAAAGGUCCAGAACGAUUGGCGCGAGACCUGGGCAGCAAACAGGCGGCAGACAUUGCAGCGGAGAUCAUUGAGGCACUCCCAAGGGAGUGGAAGGAACGGCUUCUGAAACCUUUAACUGCUGAAGAACUGUUCCAGGCAACCAGAGUUGUGUGCACGACGAGAAGGGGGGUGCAAAUGUGGUGGAUCCUUCGGACGAGCGGUAAUCUGCUGCACGGCGUGAGGAUGCGACGAAAAGAUGACGGCAAGGCGUGGUGGGUGCCAGAAGGUGCACGACCUAAGGCUUUCUCAGUGUCAGAGGUUACGCCUAUGGCGCUGUUGGGCGACGAGGUAGUCGGUGAGCUGGGCGACCCGCGCGUCAGGCUUCUAAAGUCAGAGCUUUGCGUGGGAAGGCUUGCUGCUCCUCUGAGGCAGCUGAGAGUGGGGCUAGAGGCGGGGCACGAGCAACCGUGCAAACCUCUUCGCAGAGAGGAAUGGGAGAAGCUGUGGGGGAGGAAGAUCGACUGGAAGCGGACUAUUGUGCGUAGGGACUCCCACGCAGUGUCCGCAAAAGCACGGGACGUUCUGCCGCGCUCGCACUGCUUCAACCUUCAGGUGGGGGACCGCUUGAAAGUCUUGGGGGACCGGGCGAAAUGCCCGCACUACGGGGAAGCGGAGUCAGUGGACCAUGCAUUAUUUUCCUGA